AUGUCGAUAGUAAUCAUGCUGAAUGAGAAGUUCCGAGAACGUAUAGACGCUUGGCAGUGUUUUGUGAAGAAACCUGAACAUUUCCCUUCAUUUAUUCACCGGGUCCUGAAGCUGUCACUAGAUGAAGGCUCUAGAAGCAGUGCUGAACAGUGUGCAAUCAUCACAUUUCUUGUCAAUAGUUUCAACUCUGUGGAAAUCGAUAUUGUUCGAGAACAGAUGAAUAAGCUAACGCAUAUGUCAAUCUGGAUGAAUUUAUUACCAAGUCAAAGAGAUGACAUGUUUGGAGGCAGCAAGUUUGAACGAAACUACUUAUGGAACUUGAUUGCUCGUUUCAAGCGCACUCUCGAUCGAGUGGACGAUGAAUCGAAAGAAGUUGAUCUGGAAGACAUCCGAUAUUGUGAGAGGUUCAUUGAGCUAGUAAUUGAUCUUGAAGCUCUUCUUCCUACAAGGAGAUUUUUCAAUGCACUAUUGCAUUCUUCGAAGCUCAUAACCCAUUGUGUGCUCUCAAAACUGAUCUCAUCUGAAGCUGGGUCUUUAUUUUGUCAACUGGUUGAAAUGCUUAAAUUUUACGCAAGAUUUGAGAUAAACGACAUAACGGGCCAGCAGCUCACCAAUAAGGAAGUUUCUGAUCGACAUUAUGAGCAUAUGGUGCAGCUACAGAAGGCAGCGUUUAAGUAUUUUAGGUCCUUUUUCUAUCCUUCUAGCAUUCGGCUUUUAUCUUUCAUCCUAAUUAUUUUCUUUUCUUUAGAGAAAGCAUGCCCGAUUUCUAUCUUUUGA